UCCCCAGAACCCAGCGCCCGCCGCAGCCGCCGCCAGGAUGCCCGCCCCGGCCCUCGCGCAGAGCGGCCAGGUGCUGCCCGCCUUCCUGCUGUGCAGCACGCUGCUGGUCAUCAAGAUGUACGUGGUGGCCGUCAUCACCGGCCAGGUGCGGCUGCGGAAGAAGGCCUUCGCGAACCCCGAGGACGCCCUGCGGCACGGAGGCCCCCAGUACUGCCGGGAGGACCACGACGUGGAGCGCUGCCUGAGAGCCCACCGCAACGACAUGGAGACCAUCUACCCGUUCCUGUUCCUGGGCCUGGUCUACUCCUUUCUGCAGCCCAACCCCGUGGUGGCGCGGCUGCACUUCCUGCUGGUCUUCCUGGGCCGCAUGGUGCACACGGUGGCCUACCUGGGCAAGCUGCGCGCGCCCAUCCGCUCGCUGGCCUACACGCUGGCCCAGCUGCCCUGCGCCUCCAUGGCCCUGCAGAUCGUCUGGGAGGCAGCCCGCCAUCUGUGAGCGCCCCUCCGCGCUGCCCGCCAGCCGCGGGCCGCACAGGGAGCCGGGCGUCCCUUCGAGGUGGGACGGGCCCGGGACCUGGCUUCCUGGCCGCCUGCCGGGCGUGGGCGCCUGGCCCAGCAGCCUGGGUGUGUCCCCCGGACGCCUGGGCAAAGUGGCCACUCGGAACCGUCCGGACAUGGCUGUCAUAGACAGCUGCUCAGCCGGUGUGGCUCAGUGACUGAGCAUCAACCUCUGAACCAGGAGGUCCCGGUUCGAUUCCCCAUCAGGGCACACUCCCGG